ACGGCUAGCCUGGCUUCGUGUCUUGGUUCUCCAGUCAGUUUCUUUUUCUCCUUUUCUUCUGGGGUUUGUUCCUUCUCAGUUUCUUUCUUCUCCUGACCCAGAUAUGGGAUGCCUCUCGUGAUCUUCAACACUGGAUUCUCGGGUUGGUUACAAAAAGAUCUUCUUUUGUCUUUUGGAUGUAAGAUUCUUGGAAGACCUCCUGCAGAUAAGUAGAUUAGCUCCAAGGCUUUCUUUUGCUAUUUCUUUUUUGAACAUUUUAUUUCCAUACUGCUGAGUAUUUUCGAAUUGGGUUCCUCUGUUUGGCUUGUAAAUUUUGUCGCUGACUGGGAAUAUUUGUGUGAGAAAUAAUACUGGGGUGGACGGUCAUGAAGAUCUAGAAUGCUAAUAGAAGCUUUAUGAGGGUCGAAUAAGAAUGGGCUUGGUUAGAUUUAAGGUUUAGUCGGUUCAUUGGUUUCUCUGGGCUUGUUCUUUGGAAAAAGAAAUGGAAGGAAAUUUCUGUCAAUAUCAAGGAGGUAUUGUUCCAGUUGGUGCUUCUUUUAGUGGUUUUGAUUUGUCAGGAUCAAUACGUGUUCAUUAGCAAGCUGAGCAUCCUCAAAACAUGCACCAACCUCAAACACAUCUCCGUCAACGGUCUUCAGUGCAUUCCGCUUGCCAUGAUGGUUUUCCUCUUGCCAUGGGAACCUUGCAAAACUGUGAUCAAACCAUUUCAAUGGCUGACUUUACUAAAGGAGAUAGGUGCAAGAACUCAGCAAGUGAGGAUGACGAACCAAGCUUUAUUGAAGAUGGAGCUGAUGGUCGCAAUGAAGCAGGCCGUGGGAAAAAGGGUUCACCUUGGCAGCGUGUGAAGUGGACUGACGAGAUGGUGAAGCUUCUGAUAACAGCUCUCUCUUAUAUAUGUGAGGAUGCAACUUCUGACAGCGGCAGUGGGGGAAGAAGAAGAUUUACAGUCUUCCAAAAAAAGGGCAAGUGGAAAUCUAUUUCUAAGGUCAUGGCUGAAAGGGGUUACCGUGUUUCACCUCAGCAAUGCGAGGAUAAAUUCAAUGACCUUAAUAAAAGGUAUAAAAGACUUAAUGAUAUGAUUGGGAGGGGAACCUGUUGUCAAGUUGUUGAGAACCCUUCUCUGUUGGAUGUACUUGAUUAUCUCUCUGAGAAGGAUAAGGAAGAUAUUCGGAAAAUAUUAGGCUCAAAACACCUAUUCUACGAAGAGAUGUGCUCAUACCAUAAUGGUAAUAGAUUGCAUUUACCCCCUGAUCCAGCAUUGCAGCGUUCACUACAGGCUGCUCUUAGAAAUAGAGAUGACCAUGAUAAUGAUGAUGUCAAAAGGUCCCAUCACGAGGAUCUUGAAGAGGAUGAUCAAGAUGUGGAUAGUGAUGAUCAUGAUGAAUUUGAAGAGACUUAUCAUUCCCAUCGAGAUAGUAGAGGAGUAUAUGGUGCAUUAGGGGGAUCUAUGAAGAAAUUGAAACAAGUUCAAUGCCAAGAAGAUACUAAAAUGUUUGGGAAUUCCUUAAAUUGUCAUGACUGCAAUAAAAAUCCUCAUUCCCAUGGACUGGUUUUCCAAUAUGAUGCGAAUCAAGGUUUACCUGACAGCAACAGAACCGCUUGGUUGCAGAAGCAAUGGAUUGAAUAUCGAAAUCUUGAGUUAGAAGAGCAGAAACUACAGAUUCAGGUGGAAAUGUUGGAAUUGGAGAAACAGAGACUCAAGUGGCAGAGGUUUAGUAAGAAAAAGGACCGGGAAUUGGAGAAGCUGAGGAUGGAAAAUGAAAAAAUGAAGCUUGAAAAUGAACGGAUAGCUUUGGAACUGAAGAGAAGGGAAAUGAGUGCUGGCUUUAACUAGGUUACCGUCUUGCUAAGCUUUGUGGUGGCUGCAUCUUAUGUAUGGUGCUUCAUUUCUAUUUUUGGGUCUUUGGUAAGCUGUGGUUUGUUUAAUUGAAAAUUUAUGUAUUUAGUGGAGGAACUGUUGAAACCAUCAGCUCUUCCUCCUCCUUUUAGAAUUAUGGAAUUGUGACAAUUCUGGUGGUUAGUGUGUAGUGCUCUAUGAUUAGGUCUUAAGUGAAGUUCUGUUGCCUAUAUUUGACAUACAUGGUUGUUGAAACGCUGUUAAUAUUUUAGUUUGUAAUAUUAAAUUUCGAUCUAUUUAUGUUGACCUUGACUUUGUCUAA